AUGCCGAUGUCUGUCGCACGUCUGGUGGCUGCCAAGAACUUUCACCGCAUGGCUGCCGAAACGCCCAACAGAUGGGAAGCCCUAGCAAAGACCGGCUUCAAGGCCGACCCCUUUGGUGACAUCCAGCACGCCAUUAAUGUCAAGCUAGGCGGCUUCUACAUUGAUGUCGGUGCUGGUAAGCUCAUCACGGAUGGCAAGAUCAAGAUCAAGUCGGACGGUGUACCGGUCGCCUAUACCGACGAGGGGUUGGUGUGCAACGACGGUUCGGUGCUUCCUGCAGAUGUUGUGGUCCUAGCAACUGGGUUUUUGGGCAACCUGAAGGAGCACGUAGCGCGUCUACUAGGGAAAGAGGUGGCCAACCGAGCGGGAGAUUGUUUUGGCGUGGAUGAGGAGGGUGAGCUGCACGGUGUGUUCAAGCCCACAGGACGCAGGUAG